AUGGCUUCUAUUCUUUACACACUUAAUUUUGUUAUUUGUAUUAUUCUUAUUGUUACAUUAACAUUGUUAUUAAUUCCUAUUCCUAAUAUUCUUAAAAAACAAAUUCUUAGUUUAAGUCAUUGGAUUGUUAAGAAAAGAAUAUUUUCAAUUACUUUAUUAGUUAUUGUUUCUAUUCUGUUUAUUGAUGCAUUUUCUAGAAUGAAACAUUGUGAAGGAGUUAAACAAUCAUUAGCAUUCGAUGCUCCAAUUAAUACACGUAUUUCAACAUAUUCUGAAACUAAUAUUUUACUUUUUAUGAGCACUAAACAACCAUCUCAACUUAUUUCAAAGCAGAAUGUUCAAGGAAAAACUAAACAACAACAAACAAAAGGAGGUAAAGAUGAAAAACAAAAACAAGGAAAAACAAAAGAAGAAAAGAAAGAAGGACAACUAAAAGGUGAUGGAAUUCCACAAUUAUCUAAUAAAGAAUUAAAGGCUUUAAAAAAACAACAAAAACAUGAUAAAAAAGCAGCUAAGUUAGGAGAAAAUAAUCAACAAUUAAAAACAGGAGAGUCUCAAGUUAUUCAACAAGUAAAUACAAUAGAAUUAAUGUUAGGAACAAAAAAACAAAUGCCAAUUGUUGAAAUUAAUAGUACGAUUCAUCCAUCAUUUGCAAGAUUUGCAUUAGAAUGUUCUGAAUAUAAAUGUGUUGGUAGUACUAUUCGAGCAUUACGAUUUAUUGAAUGUAUUAUUCAAACAUUAAAAGCAAGUAAAUUAACACAAAGUUCUGAAUGUAUUCCAUUAAUUGAAGAAAAUGUUAAAUUAUUAGAACAUGCACGAACAAUUACUGUUGGAAUGAAUAAUGUUCGUAAAUUUAUUUUUAUGAAGAAUCAAAGCAUUGAAAAUAUUAUUGCAACAGCACAAACAGUUUCAUCUAAUAUUAUUGGUAGUCAAAAAGAAAUUGUAUCAAGUAAAAUUAAUGAAAAAAUAGUGGUUGAUUCAUAUAAAUAUGUUAAUGAUGGUUCUGUAAUAUUAACAAUUAAUUAUAGUACAUUAUUAUUAAAUGUUUUUAAAACAGCAUUCACUGAUACAAAUAAAUUUAGAGUUAUUGUUGUUGAAACAUCACCAUUUGAAGAAGGAGCAAUCUUUGCACGAGCAUUAAGUGAAAUUGGAAUAGAUACAACAUAUAUUCUUCCAAGUGGACUUCAAGUAGUUUUAGCUUCUGUUAAUAGAGUAAUAUUAUCAGCAAGUUCUAUGGAUGGAAGAGGAUCAUUAUAUACAAGAUCAGGAACAGCAUCAGUCUUAAUUGCUGCAAAAAGUAAACAUAUUCCAGUUAUUGUUUGUUGUGAAACAUAUAAAAUGACAGAUGAAAUUAUGAAGAAUGAAGGAGAAAUAUGUCGGAUUGGAAAUGGAAUUACAUUAUAUGAUGAAAUUCCACAUGAUUUUAUUACUGUUGUUGUAACUGAAUUUGGGUGUAUUCCAGCAACUUCUAUUCCAGCUGUGGUAAGAGAAUUACGUUGGGAUUCAAAAGCACUUUCACAAGAAAAAUAUUAA